UAGCAGAGGCAGAUUGGUCUCAGAUAUCCCCUGUUGGGGUCCUCACUGUAACUCUUCCCUCAUCAUAGCUUUUGCCCUUGAACCCGAGCAACAAGACCCCCUGCCAGCUGGACAGCCUGUGCAACACUCUGCAGAAUGCCGCCAGCAUCAAGAACUUGAACUCUCCAACAGUGAGGCAAGGUGAAGUCUGCAGGGGAUUUGGACCAGGGCAAAAGUCUGCAGCCAGAGAGAUGAGUGCUGGCGGAAGCCUCCCAUGCACUGCCUUCCCUGAUAAAUCAACCAACAUAAGGCCACUUGAUCCUGACUGGUCCUUCAGAGGAGCCCUGGGUAGCCCAGCACAGUUAUUACGCCUGGACAGCCAGGAGUCACCUUCGCCAACGAGCAUUGGUAUUGCCGCCCACAAGAGGUUACCAACCUGCAAGGGAAGCUUCUUUGGAUCUGAUGUGCUGAAGAGUCUAGUCCUGUGAUUCCUGCAGCAGUACUACUUGAUCUACGACUCUGGAGACCGUCAGGGUCUCCUCGGUGCCUACCACAAUGAGGCCUGCUUCUCCCUGACCAUUCCCUUCAACCCCGGGGAGCCAGCUCCAAGCAGCUUGUGCGAAUACUUCAAGGAAAACAGGAAUAUGAAGAAGCUCAAGGACCCCUCCCUGCGUGUUCAGCUGCUGAAGCGUACAAAAUGUGACAUCAUGCACUCCCUCUCUGUGCUGCCCAAAACUCAGCAUGACCUCAGCUCCUUUGUGGUGGACAAGUGGUUCCAGACAGUGAGCAGCUGUUUCCUUCCAAGGGCAGCCCCAGAAAGCCACGGUGGAAGGAAUGUCUCAGUUCUGCCUUUACCUGGCCCUUCACUGCUACCCCUGGGAGCAAUUCCAGGCACCAGCCCCAAGGAAACCCAGAGUGUUCUCCCUCGCAGUGCCCAGACCUUCCUGCAGCUCGAUGCCCACCCUCUCUCCAGAGCAGCAGGAAAUGGUGCAGGCUUUUCCACUCAGUCCGGGAUGAAACUGAAGUCUCAGAAAGGCGCCGGGGUGAGGCCGCCGUGGUCGCCCAGGCUGGUUGGUGCUGUGACGGGGGGAGGCGCCGGGGUGAUGGCGGUGGAGACUCUGUCCCCGGAGGGAGUUCGACCGCGUUGACGACGGCUCACAAACCGGUCCCCUGAGUUGAGCUGGAUAGGUACCAGACCAGCAGGAAUAUCCACGGAAUCAGCCUG